GCCCGAGAGGAAAACUUUCCAGGUGAAGCUGGAAACGCGGCAGGUCACCUGGAGCCGUGGCUCCGAGAAGACCGAGGGAGCCGUGUCUCAUCAGUCAUUUUAAUGCCUUGUGGUGGUUUGUUGGAGAGGCCUCGCUGCUUGUGGAGCACGGCUGGGGAAAGCACCAAGACAAGAGCAAGAGCCUUGGCACGCCAGCUUUGGUAUGAGCCUUGGAGCAGCUCAUCUCCAGUGCUGGAGACCAAAUAAAUCCCAGUGGAUAUUCGUGAAAUCAAAGAGAUUCGUCCUGGAAAGAAUUCACGUGAUUUUGACCGGUACCAGGAGGAUCCGUGCUUCCGACCAGACCAGUCCCAUUGCUUCGUGGUCCUCUAUGGCACAGAGUUCAGGCUGAAGACCCUCAGCUUGCAAGCCACUUCUGAGGAUGAGGUCAACAUGUGGAUCAAGGGACUGAACUGGCUGGUGGCAGAUACUCUGAGGGCUGCCACUCCUCUGCAGAUUGAAAGGUGGCUCCGGAAGCAGUUCUACACACUGGACCGCAACCGGGAGGACAGGAUCUCUGCCAAGGACCUGAAGAACAUGCUGUCCCAGGUCAACUACCGCGUGCCCAACAUGAGGUUCCUGCGGGAGCGCCUGACGGACAUGGAGCAGAGGAAUGGGGAUAUCACAUACGGGCAGUUUGCACAGCUCUACCGCAGCCUGAUGUUCAGUGCCCAGAAAACGAUGGAUGUCCCAUUCCUAGAUAGGGGUGGAGAAAGGUCUGAGCACUUCAGGGUGUCACUGAUGGAGUUCCAGAAGUUCCUACUCGAGUACCAGAGGGAGCUCUGGGCUGCAGACAGCCUUCAGGUACAGGAGUUCAUGUUCAACUUUCUGAGAGACCCUUUGAGAGAGAUUGACGAGCCUUAUUUCUCCCUAGAUGAGUUUCUCACCUUCCUGUUUUCCAAAGAGAACAGCAUCUGGAACUCACAGCUGGACAUGGUGUGUCCCGAGAACAUGAACAACCCCUUGUCCCAUUACUGGAUCUCCUCCUCACACAACACGUACCUGACGGGGGAUCAGUUCUCGAGUGAGUCCUCGCUGGAGGCGUACGCCCGCUGCCUGCGCAUGGGGUGCCGCUGUAUCGAACUGGAUUGCUGGGAUGGUCCCGAUGGUAUGCCAGUCAUCUACCACGGGCACACCUUAACCACCAAGAUCAAGUUCUCUGACGUCUUGGUCACCAUCAAGGAGCAUGCCUUUGUCACCUCUGAUUUCCCCGUCAUUUUGUCCAUUGAGGAUCACUGCAGCAUCGCUCAGCAGAGGAACAUGGCUCAGAAUUUCAAGAAGGUCUUUGGGGACAUGCUCUUGACCAAACCCGUAGAUAUUUCUGCUGACGGACUUCCGUCCCCAAACCAACUCAAGAGGAAGAUUCUCAUCAAGCACAAGAAACUGGCAGAGGGCAGUGCGUACGAGGAGCUGCCCACUUCUGUUAUGUAUUCAGAGAACGACAUCAGCAACUCCAUCAAAAACGGGAUCCUCUACCUGGAAGACCCCAUCAAUCACGAGUGGAACCCGCAUUACUUUGUCCUGACCAGCAGCAAGAUCUAUUACUCGGGGGAGACAACCAGCGACCAGGGAAAUGAGGAUGAGGAGGAGCAGAAGGAGGUCAGCAACAGCACUGAGCUGCAUUCCACAGAGAAGUGGUUCCACGGCAAGCUGGGAGCAGGGCGCGAUGGGCGGCACAUCGCUGAGCGGCUGCUGACAGAGUACUGCAUCGAGACGGGGGCCCCCGAUGGCUCCUUCCUCGUCAGGGAGAGCGAGACCUUUGUUGGGGACUACACCCUGUCCUUCUGGCGCAAUGGGAAGGUGCAGCACUGCCGCAUCCACUCACGGCAGGACGCCGGCAGCCCCAAGUUCUUCCUGACAGACAACCUGGUGUUUGACAGCCUCUACGACCUCAUCACCCACUAUCAGGAGGUGCCGCUGAGGUGCAAUGAGUUCGAGAUGAGGCUGACAGAGCCGGUGCCUCAGACCAACGCCCAUGAGAGCAAAGAGUGGUACCACGCCAACCUCACUCGUGCCCAAGCUGAGCACAUGCUGAUGCGGGUGCCACGGGACGGAGCCUUCCUGGUGCGCAAGAGGAGCGAACCCAGCUCCUACGCCAUCUCCUUCAGGGCGGAAGGGAAAAUCAAGCACUGCCGUGUGCAGCAGGAAGGCCAGACUGUGCUGCUGGGCAACUCUGAGUUCGAGAGCCUGGUGGACUUAAUCAGCUACUAUGAGAAGCACCCGCUGUACCGCAAGAUGAAGCUGAGGUACCCCAUCAACGAGGAGACGCUGGAGAAGAUCGGGACAGCAGAGCCGGACUAUGGAGCGCUCUACGAGGGACGCCAUCCUGGCUUCUAUGUAGAGGCCAACCCCAUGCCGACCUUCAAGUGUGCAGUCAAAGCUCUGUUUGACUACAAGGCGCAGAGGGAGGAUGAGCUCACCUUCACCAAAAAUGCCAUCAUCCAGAAUGUGGAGAAGCAGGAAGGAGGCUGGUGGAGGGGGGAUUAUGGUGGCAAGAAACAGUUGUGGUUCCCUUCCAACUAUGUGGAGGAGAUCAGCAGCCCCAGCAGCCUGGAGCCAGAGCGGGAGCAGCAGCUGGAUGAGAACAGCCCCCUGGGAGACCUGCUGGGAGGUGUCCUGGAUGUGCCGUCUUGCCAGAUUGCCAUCCGCCCCGAGGGAAAGAACAACCGCCUGUUUGUCUUCUCCAUUAGCAUGGCCUCUGUGUCACGCUUGUCCCUUGACGUGGCAGCCGAUACACACGAGGACUUGCUGGACUGGGUGAAGAAGAUCCGGGAGGCAGCCCAGACAGCUGAUGCACGGCUCUCUGAAGGGAAGAUGAUGGAGAGGAGGAAGAAGAUCGCCUUGGAGCUUUCAGAGCUAGUGGUCUAUUGCCGACCUGUGCCCUUCGAUGAAGAGAAGAUCGGCACAGAGAGGGCCUGUUACCGAGACAUGUCCUCCUUCCCUGAGACCAAGGCAGAGAAGUACGUCAACAAGAUCAAAGGCAAGAAGUUCCUGCAGUACAACCGCCUGCAGCUCUCCCGUAUCUACCCCAAGGGCCAGCGCCUCGACUCCUCCAACUACGACCCCCUGCCCAUGUGGAUCUGUGGCAGCCAGCUGGUGGCCCUCAAUUUCCAGACUCCUGACAAGCCCAUGCAGAUGAACCAGGCCUUGUUCCUGUCCAGCGGGCAGUGCGGGUACGUUCUGCAGCCAGCCAACAUGCGGGACGACAUCUUUGACCCCUUUGACAAGAGCACGCUGCGCGGCGUCGAGCCGCUCUCCAUCUCCAUCGAGGUCCUGGGGGCCCGGCACCUCCCCAAAAACGGCAGAGGAAUCGUUUGUCCCUUUGUGGAGGUGGAGGUUUCUGGGGCAGAGUACGACAACGCAAAGCAGAAAACAGAGAUUGUGGCGGACAAUGGCCUGAACCCCCUCUGGAGCCCGAAGCAGUUCCACUUCCAGGUCAGCAACCCUGAGUUUGCCUUCCUCCGCUUUGUGGUGUAUGAGGAGGACAUGUUCAGCGAUGAGAACUUCCUGGCCCAGGCGACUUUCCUGGUGAAAGGCUUGAAGACAGGGUUCCGAGCCGUACCCCUGAAGAACAACUACAGUGAGAACCUGGAGCUGGCUUCCCUGCUUGUCAAGAUCGACAUUUUCCCCAGCAAGCAGGAAAAUGGUGACAUCAGCCUCUUUGGUGGCUCCGUGCUGCGGGAGCGAGGCGGGGACAUGGCCAGCCAGCUGCUGGCCAGCAGAGCCAGGGAGGGCUCCUUCGAGGUGCGGUACCAGCAGCCCUUUGAGGACUUCCGAGUGUCACAGGAGCAGCUGGCGGAGCACUUUGAGAGCCGGGAGCGAAGGGCGCUGCGAAGGACCAGGGUCAACGGGGACAACCGGCUGUAGGGCCGGCGGGAAGCACCUCCUGUGCCUGUGAGUCUCAGGGCACGCUGCGAACUGGUUUCUAUGGAAACGGCACUGCUAUGGCCUACUUUCAGGCAGCUUUUCCAGUUUCUCUGCUGAAGUGUGUUCGAGUGGAGAACUAAAAAAAAAAAAAAAAAAAGGAAAAAAAAAUAAUAAACAACCAAAAACCCACCCCAACACCCACCCACCUCCACCACCAAGCCCUUAAUGAAGCGGAUGGAUGUGCACAGUCUGCCAGCCGCCGGGUGAGAGACAAAACUGUAAUCACAAGGAACUGGGCAAACAGCACCAAGCACUGCGCCGCCCGCCCUCCACCCACUGUCUCAGUGUGCACAGGGCUGUAUUCUGCCUCCAGGGCAGCAGCAGCCCUGCAGCUCCACGGCCACUAGCUUAAAGUCUAAUAAACGUGUCAGUAUUACGUGCACGCUGUCUCAUUUUGCUGCCCUUGUCUUCCUACGUGCUGGGAGGAACGAGCAGGAGCUGCCCCAGGGUUACAGCUGGGGCGAGAAGCGGAGGUUGUAUGGCUGCAAGGGGGGCAGGGCUGGGGGGGAUGCAGCCUCUCAAUCAGCAGCCGACUCUCGUUCGUAUUUUACGCUCUUUAUUUAGGAACAAUCAAAAAUGUCUGGUUUCAUUUCAACAAACUCAACAAACUGUACAAGCAAACUCUUUCCCUCUCCCACCCUCAUGUCCACAUAUACAAAAGGAAGGGAAUCUUGCCGUUCACUUCUCAGAAGUGGCAUUGUUGCUACAGGGAGUUCGUGCCCUCAGAAUGAGAGCAGUAAAGUCCAUAGCAGUGCAAGCUACCCUAGCCCAAGUCAUAGCCACAGCCCACAGUCACAGGCAGCUUCACUUUCGUUUUGUUUUGUUGUUUGUUUUUUUUUUGUCUUUGUUUUCUCUUUAAAACCUUUAUGAAAAGUAAAAACUAUUUCCUGUCUCGCCCGGCUGCCAAGGUGACCAUCUAAAAUCGUGGUCUUAAAAACAGUAAGAAUUGGAACCCCCUGGUACAAAGACACAGCAGAGCCUCUGCUCUGCCCCCAGCUGCACGGCCACCCUUAUGAAAGGUCCCGGUGCAGCUACAAUUACAUUUUCCUUUGGAUAAAUCCAAGCCAAAAAAAAAAAAAAAAAAAUAUCCAGGUCAUUCAGCACCAGCAUGAUUUCUAAAUAAUAAUAAUUAAAACAAAAAAGAAAAAAAAAAAAAAAAAAAA